AUGCUUGGAUGCCAUAUCUACCAGCAUAAACAGCAGCUGCAACAACAAGUCGCUGCAAUUGCAAUGACGAAGAGGAAGAAGAAGAAAAAGAAUGCAAUCUCCAUUGAUGGACGCUUCAAGAACCUUUUGGACAGCUUAAACCCUAACAAUCGCCGAACAGCGAGAGUGAAGGCAGCGAAAGGAAAGGGGAAGGAUAAUGUUUGGAGUAUCGAUAACGAUGCGGCUAAUGACAGUCGAGGAGGAGAUAGGCGGAAGAAAGGCGAUAGGAGGAGGACAAAAGUAAGGAAUUCGACGACGAAGAGACGGAGAGCUAGUGAGAGCGAUGAAGGAAUAAUGGUUUCUGGUUCGAUGUUAAUAGAGACGGAGAAGGUUUUACAAACUCAGGAACCUGUGAUCAUGCCAAAAUGGAACACAUUUGCAAGUAGUGUUAGUGGCAUAUGGAAGGGAACAGGAGCAGUUUUCUCACCUAUCACAGCUAAAAUGGAGCCCAUUGAUGUUGGAAGAAACAACGAACUUCAAUUUGACUGCUGCACUCUUUCUCGGAUCGAAGCAGUAGCAUCAACAAAUGGAACACAUGAAUCUCACAUUCAAAGAAUUGUAAAUUGGGUGACUUUAAACCCUCAUGGUGAAAAUAAACGUGUGAACAAAAACAAAGAGGACGCAUCUUUAUCCACCAUAGAAGCGUUUGAUGGAAGGAAAACAAACCAUGUAAUCCCAAAAUUCGAGUCUUUUAACUUUGAAACAAGUGAUGUCAUGGAAGAAGAUCUCAUGGGUAUGGAGCCUGGUCUCGUCUUUUUCGAGGAUGGCUCAUAUUCAAGGGGUCCAGUUGACAUACCUGUUGGAGAAGUUGAUGAUUCCAAUUACUUCCUAUCCCCAACUUUCAAAUUCGAGCAAUGUUUAGUUAAAGGGUGUCACAAAAGACUACGUAUUGUCCACACUAUAGAAUUCAGUGAUGGUGGUUCGGAUAUUCAAAUCAUGAGGGUGGCUGUUUACGAAGAGCAAUGGGUCGGUACCGCUCAUCUUUCUGACAAAAGUGAUGUGGAUUUUGACGUGAAGCCAUUUUCUCAAAGAAAAAGAGUGCAACCAUCGGAAUUGAGUGGAUCAUGGAAGGUGUUUGAGACGAGUGCCACACCGAUUUAUGGCGGGGAGGCGGCGGUUAUGGAGGAUAAUGAGGAGGACCCACCGUAUGUUUAUCUUUGUACGGAGACUUUAAAGAAGAGGAGUUUGCCGGAAAUGGCAAUCUACUUUGGGGAGGAGGAGGCGGCGGACAUGGUGGAUGUUACAGUGUUAUGGUUGCCUGGCGGUGUUACGGGUUAUGUUGAUGUAAGUAAGGAUGGCGUGUUGUGUAUUGGUGUCGGGUGGUAUUCUGAUGAAGGGAUUAAUCUUGUUAUGGAAAGGGAUUAUGGAAGGGAUGGGAAGUUGAAGGAGGUUAGAUCCAAAACUGAAGUUAAGAGAAGAAGCCCCUUAUCUUGUUUUGCAAAAAAUCGGAAGAAUCGACUUGAAGGAAAACCGAUCGCAACCUGCUGCUUGUUCCUCCCACCCCCUGCACACAUUGUUUAUGGAGUUGUUGCUGCCGAAGUUCUUUUCCCGGUGAACUCCCCUCAGGUGGUGGUGGACUAUCACAAUGAAACAAGUUUAUAUUAA